ACCCAAAACCUAAAACCCCAGAAAAAAACUGAGAAUAACAAAACUGCUUCGCUCCCAGCUCCUAAGUAGAAAAAAAAAAUGCCGACGCUCACAAAGAUUUACUCCAUGGAAGAAGUGGCAGCUCACAACAAGCAAGAUGACUGCUGGAUUGUAAUCGACGGCAAGGUCUAUGACGUAACAUCUUAUAUGGACGAGCACCCUGGAGGAGAUGAUGUCCUUCUUGCUGUCACAGGCAAAGAUGCAACGGAUGAAUUCGAAGACGCGGGGCACAGCAAAACAGCUAGGGAACUCAUGGAAGAGUAUUUCAUCGGCGAGCUAGACGAAGAUUCCGUACAGGAAAUACCAGAGCUCAAGAUCUACAAGAAAGAGGAGCCAAAGGACUCUGUUCAGAAGCUUGUCGACUUGACCAAGCAGUACUGGGUUGUUCCCGUCUCGGUUAUCACCAUCUCUGUUGCCGUGAGUGUCUUGUUCUCUCGCAGGAAGUAGUAAGAGUUAGUCUCUGGAGAUGAUCUGAGAGCUAUUGAAUUACUCUGGGGGAAUCAACUAUCCACGAGAACUCCCCCUCCCUCAUUAUAGAUUUUGAAUCACAGAAAAUAAUUGCAGUUUUCAAUCACUUAAAUGGUUUUACAUUUUUGAGUUAAUGAUAUGAUUAUUGGAUAUGCUUUGGUUUUCUUAUAAAAAAAAAAUCUGUUUGUCAUC